AUGAAAAAAAUUUUUUCAACCAUUGCGAACUCUGAACCUCAUCCAUUUCUUAAUAUACUAUCUAGAUUAGAAGGAUCUGGUUAUUAUUUUUCUCUUAAAAAAUUGAAUGAUCCAAGGUUAUAUAAAUUGCCGUAUUGUAUAAGAGUUUUACUGGAAAAUUUGAUAAGAAAUUGUGAUAACUAUUUAAUCAAAAAAGUAGAUAUUGAAAAUAUAUUAGACUGGCGAAAUACUUCAAAAAAAGGAAAUGUAGAUAUUUCAUACUUUCCCUCUAGAGUCUUGUUACAAGAUUUCACUGGUGUACCAGCAAUUGUAGAUUUGGCAGCAAUGAGAGAUGCAAUAUUAAGUAAAUAUGGGCUAUCACCUGAAAUAAUAAAUCCAAAAGUACCAGUAGAUCUAGUUAUUGAUCACAGUGUCCAAGUAGAUUUUUAUGGGAGAAGUGAUGCUGUUAAAAAAAAUUUGGAAAUGGAGUUUUAUAGAAAUAAAGAGAGAUUUGAAUUUCUUAAGUGGGGAAGUAAAUCUUUUGACAAUUUAAGAAUUGUACCUCCUGGAUUUGGUAUCAUUCACCAAGUAAAUCUUGAGUAUCUUGCUAGAACAGUUUUCAAAAUACCAUUGGAAAAGGAAGAAAUAGACAAAAUAACUUUAGAUGGUGUAAAUAUAUCAGAAUCUGACUCAAAUAUUCUAUAUCCUGAUUCCCUUGUAGGAACAGAUAGUCAUACAACAAUGAUUUGUGGACUUGGUAUACUUGGUUGGGGAGUAGGUGGACUAGAAGCUGAAGCAGUGAUGCUUGGCCAGCCAAUAACAAUGAAUAUACCGGAAGUUAUUGGAGCUAAGUUAAUUGGAAAUUUACAGCCAGCUGUAACUAGUACAGAUAUUGUUUUAACAAUAACAUCCAUAUUGAGACAAAGUAAUGUAGUCGGGAAGUUUGUUGAAUUUUUUGGUGAUGGUAUAAAACAGCUAAGUGUAGAAGAUAGGGCAACAAUAUCCAACAUGUCUCCGGAAUAUGGUGCAACUAUUGGUUAUUUUUAUCCUGAUGAGUAUAGCUUACAUUAUCUUUCAUCAACAGGAAGAUCUAGUGAAACUGUUCACUUUGUCCAAAAAUAUUUGGAAGAACAGUGUCUAGGCAAAUUUACAAGUAGUUCUAUUAGUGAAUAUUCUCAAGUUGAGUAUAGUGAAGUAAUUGUGAUUGAUUUAAGUAUGAUUGAGCCUUGUGCAGCAGGACCUAAAAGACCACAAGACAAGGUCGCACUAAAGGAUUUAAAACAAUCAUUCCAAACUGCAUUGUAUGCACCAUUAUCAAAAUGUGGAUUUGCUGUGAAAAAGACAGAUGAAGGGUGUAAAGUUGUUAGUAAUUACAAUAGUAAUCUAGAUUUGGCUCAUGGGUCAAUUGUAUUGGCUUCAAUAACGUCUUGUACCAAUACAUCUAACCCUUUAGUAAUGAUUGGGGCUGGAUUACUUGCAAAGAAGGCAGUUAAGAAGAAUUUGAAAGUUCCUGAAUAUAUAAAAACGUCUUUUUCUCCAGGUAGCCAUAUUGUAGAGAAAUACUUGCAGAUAAGUGGACUAUUGCCAUAUAUGGAAAAAUUGGGAUUUUACACAGUGGGUUACGGGUGUAUGACAUGCAUUGGAAAUAGUGGAAAUUUAUCAGAAGAAAUAAGUAAUGUUAUAAAAAAUAAAAAUCUUGUUGCUGUAUCAGUUCUGAGUGGAAACCGUAAUUUUGAAGGCAGAGUUCACCCUUUAACAAAAGCUAACUAUCUUGUAUCUCCACCUUUAGUUAUUGCAUUUGCUUUAGCUGGUAGGAUUAAUAUAGAUAUGACUAGUGAGCCAUUAGGAAUAAAUCAUAUUUCUGGAGAGGAAGUUUAUUUAAAAGAUAUAUGGCCUACCAGAGAAGAAAUUUUAGAACUGGAAUCUAAGAUUAUUACUCCAAAGUUGUUUAAUGAUGUAUAUUCUACUAUCCCAAAAGGAACUGAACAAUGGAAUUCUUUAGAGGUUAAAAGAACCCCAGUAUUUAGGUGGAAUCCCGAUUCAACAUAUAUCCACAAACCACCUUUUUUUGAUGAUAAAUUACUAAAGGUUCCAACAAAUACAAAACUAGAAGAUAUUUAUUGUCUCCUUAAUUUAGGGGACUCUAUCACGACAGAUCAUAUUUCCCCAGCAAGUGAUAUCUCUCAAAUAUCUCCAGCAGCAAAGUAUUUAUUGGGAAGAAAUGUUAAAGCUAUUGAUUUUAAUACUUAUGGGGCUAGGAGAGGUAAUGAUGAAGUAAUGGUUAGAGGUACAUUUGGAAAUGUACGAAUAAUAAACAAAAUUUUAUAUAAAGAAAAUUGCAGUGACAAUACAGAAUUACAUCAGAAUAUUGAAGGACCGUAUACAUUAUACAUACCAAAUAAUGAAAUUCUACCAAUAUACGAUGCUGCACAAAAAUAUAGGGAAAACAAUCAGCUACCAUUGCUUGUAAUUGCUGGUAAGGAAUAUGGAAGUGGGAGUAGUAGAGAUUGGGCAGCAAAAGGUCCUCGAUUGCUUGGAGUUCAAGUAAUUAUCGCUGCAAGCUUUGAAAGGAUACAUAGAAGUAAUUUAAUAGGUAUGGGCAUUAUACCACUUCAAUUCCUUGAAGGUGAAAAUGCUGAUACUCUUGGUCUUGAUGGUACAGAAUUAUUUUCAAUAGAUUUAUCUGAAGAAUUUAAACCCAGAGAUAAAAUUGAAAUAAAAGUAAGAAAACGAGAAACUGAUAAAGAAAUAGUAUUUAAUACUAUCUUAAGACUAGAUACAAAUAUUGAAAUUGAGUAUUAUAAGCAUGGUGGAAUCUUGCCAUUUGUAUUAGACAAAAUUGCAAAGGAAUAUUUAAGUGAAAAAUGA